GUGAAAAUGAUGUAAUUUGCACCAACGUGCAGAGAUGUCAUCCGUCAUGACUACUUUAGAGAUGAGUGAAGCGAACGGCAAGGUGAAUGAUGAUGAUAACACUGACGAGAUUCCAUUACAAGUUGACGUCGACGUUGAGCAGGAUGCAGAAGAGGAAGACUUUCGUUACGGCUGGGGGAGCUUCAAGCCACAGUGUUUACAGUUCCUUUUGAGCGCCAAAUGUUUUGUCGUUGCUAUUGCGUUUUUCUCUUUUAUUCAAGGUAUGACAGUGAAUGGCUUCACCAAUCUGUUUCUGUUGACUUUAGAGAAGAGAUUUCAGCUCACAAGCGCUGAGGUGGGAUUCGUUGCAGCAUCCAAUGACAUCGCAGGAAUCUUAUUAACUGCGCUGGUUAGCUUUUACGGAACAUAUGGGAAUAAGAUAAAGUGGCUUGGAUACGGCUCCAUUAUUACAGGUAUAGGGUGCUUAUUAUUCGUCCUUCCACAAGGCCUUGUUGGACGAUACGAGCCUCUGGCUUCAACCGGAGGACUCAUCGACGGCGACGUUUGCCGGUUGAGCGGAAAUGACACCUCAGAAUUUUGCUUCGCUGACUAUGGUGGUCAGUGGUACUACAUCUUCAUCUUUUUCGUGGCUCAAUUGCUCAUGGGCGCAGGGGCAACAUCGCUGUUCACCCUGGGACCUGCUUAUCUUGAUGAGAACGUACACCCAAAGUCGUCACCAGUGUAUCUCGCGGUCUUUUUCUCUAUGACUUUGUUGGGGCCUGGGUUAGGUUUCGUCUUGGGUGGAUCACUGCUGAACAUUUACAUUGACAUCACACAGCCAGAAGGAUUAAAUCUCACCCCAGAGGAUCCCCAAUGGAUAGGAGCGUGGUGGCUGGGGUACCUGGCUGGGGGCUCUAUUCUUGUCGUUAUCUCAGGCCUAAUUCUUGGGUUCCCUAGAGAGUUACCUGGGGCCAGACGUAUUCGCGAACAGGCUCUUAAAGAGGGCUAUGUGCCGAAGGAAGACGAGAGAAUCAAAGGAAAACUGAAGGACCUCUUGCCAGCCACAGUGCAGCUGAUCAAGUCACCUGUUUUUAUUUUUAACACGCUAGCCAUAGCAUCUGGUGCACUAUUUGGCGCCGGAAUAGCGUCUUUCAUUGCAAAAAUUCUUCAGUUGAAGUUUGGGCUCAGCGCUUUCUUUUCAGGAGUGAUCAUUGGGGUAAUUCUUGUGCCAGGCACGGUGGGUGGUGUGCUUUUGGGUGGAGUACUCGUCAGACGAUUUGACCUGAAGACGUCUUUAAAAAUGGCUGCAAGAUUCUUAGUUAUCGCCUCAAUGUUUACUGUCAUAGGAAGCUCUGCGUGGUUCAUUCCUGGAUGUGGUGUACCGGAUGUAGCAGGAAUAACAACUCCUUAUAAAAACAGUGCUACUGGAUUGAAUGGAGUGCAGGUGGCAUGCAAUCUGAACUGUAGCUGCUCACUAGCUACCAUCAAUCCUGUUUGUGGAGAAGACAACCUUGCGUAUUUCUCACCCUGUCUUGCUGGAUGUAAAAAUAUGAAGAAUGAGACUUUUACAAACUGUAGUUGUAUUCAACCACAAAGCAAUUCAAGCGUAGGUUCAGCUGUAAAGGGCUACUGUGGAAAGACGUCCGGCUGUAUGACCUACAUUGCAUUUGUCGUCUUCCUUAUCGUGGUGUUGUUUUCAGUAUUUAUCACGGCUGUAGCGAACAAGACAGUUGUGCUAAGGUGUGUCCCUUACAACCAGAGAGCAUACGCACUCGGUUUCCAGUUUAUAAUCCAGCGCUGUCUCGGAUUCUUACCGGGACCGAUUCUUUUCGGCGCUAUUUUCGAUGGAACGUGUGUUCAAUGGGGAGAGAGCUGCGGAAGUAGAGGCAACUGUCAAUUUUACGAGAUUGACAAGCUGACUGACAGGCUUGGAUACGCGGGUUUAAGCUUCACAGGAACCGCCUUUAUUUUCUAUUUCUUGUCGUUCUGGUUUUGCAAGGCGACCAUUCAAGAAGAGGAAGAUCAAAGAGGCAGACAGGAAAUAUCCACGAAUGAUCGCGAGAAACUUGAUCACAACGAUAACGAUGACGCACAAUUUGAAUCCACCAUAUGAUCAACCCUUCAAAGGCCAAAACACAAACACUGAACCUUGAAGAGCAACUAUUAGUUGACUAUAUCCCCGACAAGGCUAUGGCAGCCCGUGUUUUCUACUGUCGAAGUAACCAUGCAUUCCAAACUCGUCCCCAGGGUCUUUUCAUGUAUUGAAAUACCGCAUAAAGGCGCGGUUAGUCUGGCUCUGGAAAUGCGCUUGGUAGUGUUGUUACAUUUUGUUAUUGCGCUGGCGCGAAUUCUUGUUUCAAAACUCCGGAUUGAUAGCGUUCGUUUAUAAUCGAUGAAAAUCGUACGAAAAGAUAUGUUAAAGGGGAGGGUUUCUCUCACUGUGCACAGGUUAAACGGAUGUCAAAACAAUGGUGUUAAAGACUGUGUUAAAAGUAAUUGGCUUGCUUCGGAAAUAAUUUUUAAUCAAUAAACUCAUUACAAUAA